UCUCCUCGCCGACCCUCUCACCGGACCCCCGGACCCCGAUGGCUCGGAUGGGGCUUGCGGGCGCCGCUGGACGCUGGUGGGGACUCGCUCUCGGCUUGACUGCGUUCUUCCUCCCAGGCAUGCACACCCAGGUGGUCCAGGUGAAUGACUCCAUGUAUGGCUUCAUCGGCACAGACGUGGUGCUCCACUGCAGCUUCGCCAACCCACUGCCCAGUGUGAAGAUCACCCAGGUCACAUGGCAAAAGGCCACCAAUGGCUCCAAGCAGAACGUGGCCAUCUACAACCCUGUCAUGGGCGUCUCUGUGCUGACUCCUUACCGCGACCGUGUGGAAUUCCUGCAGCGUUCCUUCACCGACGGCACCAUUCGCCUCUCCCGCCUAGAGCUGAAGGACGAGGGCGUCUACAUCUGCGAGUUCUCCACGUUCCCUACAGGCAAUCGUGAGAGCCAGCUCAAUCUCACUGUGUUGGCCAAACCCACCAACUGGAUAGAGGGUACCCAAGCAGUGCUUCGAGCCAAGAAGGGACAGGAUGACAAGGUCCUGGUGGCCACCUGCACCUCAGCCAAUGGCAAGCCUCCUAGCGUGGUAUCCUGGGAAACACGGCUAAAGGGCGAGGCGGAGUACCAGGAGAUCCGGAACCCCAAUGGCACAGUGACGGUCAUCAGCCGUUACCGCCUGGUGCCCAGCCGGGAAGCCCACCAGCAGUCCCUGGCCUGCAUCGUCAACUACCACAUGGACCGCUUCAAGGAAAGCCUUACCCUCAAUGUGCAGUACGAGCCCGAGGUGACCAUUGAGGGGUUUGAUGGCAACUGGUACCUGCAGCGGAUGGACGUGAAGCUCACGUGCAAAGCUGAUGCCAAUCCCCCGGCCACCGAGUACCACUGGACCACGCUGAAUGGCUCUCUCCCCAAGGGCGUGGAGGCCCAGAACAGAACCCUCUUCUUCAAGGGACCCAUCAACUAUAGCCUGGCAGGGACCUAUGUCUGUGAAGCCACCAACCCCAUCGGCACCCGCUCAGGCCAAGUGGAGGUCAAUAUCACAGAAUUCCCCUACACCCCGUCUCCUCCCGAGCAUGGGCGGCGCGCCGGGCCGGUGCCCACGGCCAUCAUUGGGGGCGUGGCGGGGAGUGUCCUGCUCGUGCUGAUUGUGGUCGGCGGGAUCGUGAUGGCCCUGCGCCGGCGCCGGCACACCUUCAAGGGGGACUACAGCACCAAGAAGCACGUGUACGGCAACGGCUACAGCAAGGCAGGCAUCCCCCAGCACCACCCGCCCAUGGCACAGAACCUGCAGUACCCCGACGACUCAGACGACGAGAAGAAGGCUGGCCCGCUGGGUGGGAGCAGCUACGAGGAGGAAGAGGAGGAAGAGGGCGGUGGGGGCGAGCGCAAGGUGGGCGGCCCCCACCCCAAAUAUGACGAGGACGCCAAACGGCCCUACUUCACAGUGGAUGAGGCAGAAGCCCGUCAGGAUGGCUACAGGGACCGGACUCUGGGCUACCAGUACGACCCUGAGCAGCUGGACUUGGCUGAGAACAUGGUUUCUCAGAACGACGGGUCUUUCAUUUCCAAGAAGGAGUGGUAUGUGUAGUCCCCCUUCCAGAGCCUCUGUCUGUGCCCACUUCUCCCCAGCCCCUACCCGCACGCCCCCUGCCUGCCCCCCACCACCCACUCCUCCAGGAGUGCAGCAGACUCGCCCAGCUGCCCAAAGCCAGCCCCAAACUCCUGGGGAGCCGGGGGAGCUCAGGGCAGACACGACUUGGCUUCGUUUUUUAUCUCCUCCCUCCCCCCAGCCCUUCCCCAUGGUGUUGUGUUCGACUGUGGCUUUAGUGUUGCUGUAUCUUCCCCUUUCCAGCCCCACCCGCCUGCCCUCUGUGUAGGGAGCCCUGUUCUUGUCUUGUGUACCUGGGCAUCCCUCCAGGGUUUGGGGAGCCAGACCUCCCCCGCCCCCCAACACUGGAAUUUCUUUGUAUUCUCUUCUUCGGGGGUGGGGGGCUUCAGGGGCUCCAAGAGGAAAAGCCCCAGCCCACCCCCAGAUGCUGCUCCUCUUCCCAGGGAGAGAGAACCCAGUGCCCCCCACCAUAAGCUGACGCAGCCGGGAGUUUAGACCCCUGGUCUAUACAGCCCAUGUACCCAGGAGGCAGGGGGAGGGCUGUGGCUUCUCCAAAGUACCCCAGAGGGUCUUAUUUGUUCAGUGGGGCCUUGGGCAGUGUGUUCCUGGUGAGGUUGGGUUUACAUUUUUUUUCCUCAUUAGCCUGCAGAGAGUCAAGUUGGCCCAGCUCUGGUUUGUCGCUUCUCUUUACCCGUAGUCUAUUCCCACACAGUGGGGCUCCAAGUGGACUCUGGCUCCUGCUUUCCGUAUGCCUCUGCCAACAUAUCCACACACAAGCACAUGCACACACACAGCUCGUGUCUCCCCCUCCUCUCCCGGGGUCCUGUGCCCUCCCAGGCUGGACACUGCCUGAGGCCCGCCCCUCUUUCUCCACCUCUUCCCCCUUCCCAGUUGAGGAUGGGAACAGCUGAGACCAGGCCCCCCUGGUGCCUCCACCCAAGGUUCUCGGGGUGGCCCCCAAACGGCUUCUUACAGUACAGAAGUUUCUCAGAUUUCUCCCUUAUCUGUCAAGAGCCACAAGUGCUUGAUUCUCUUGGAAAGUCAGGCCUGGAAUCCCAGAAGGGAAUUACCUCCAGGAAUUAGAGGCAAAGUAUCUAUGUGAAGAAGGAAGCCCUUGUGGGAGAUGGUCUGCAAACAGGAGUAUGGAUAACGCCUCACACACGAGGCCAGUGCAGGUGUCUGGAGCAGCCAGGGAACCUCCACUUGCCCACUCUCCACCCCCUGCUGGCCCUGCUCGCCAUUCUGAGAUGAGGAGAGGACCUUGGAGAAGCCCUCUCUUUGAGUGCAGAUUUCCUCCUUGAAUGGGACUCUGGUUCCUGUCAGCCACCCAAGACUGGUCUUCCCACAUAUAUCAUGGAGAAAGAUCACUCCCGGCCUCUCUGUCCCCCAGCUCAAAGUGCCUCAGUUCCUCCAUCAGCCCCCCAGCUCCCCCCCAGCACUCUAAACGGUCAUGCCCAUGGGAAAGACCCUGGGAUGGGAGAGGCAGGCUCCGAGGGCCCUCAUGCCCGCCCAUUAGGAUUCUAGUUGGCCCAGGGUGUCAGGGGCUCGUAGGAUGGCAAGUGUUGGGAGGGGGACAGACCACUGUGUGCCCCACGGGCACUGACCUACCCUGCCAUAGGCUUCUUAAGGGAGCCCCCCCAGCUCCCCACCCUACUCCGCUCCCUGGUGCUGCUAUUGAACCCCCCCCCCCAUCCAGCUCCAUCUCUGCCCUGGCCACCCUGGGCCCACCUGCUGGGCCACCCUUGCCCGGUCCUCACUGCCCUAGCCCCAGCCCAGGCCGCCCAGUAGCCACGUAGCAGAAGUCUGAAGCCAUGCCAGCCCUGGGGCAGCUCUCCCCUCUUGGCAUUUGGGGUACUGGAUGGGGUGGAGUUAGGGGAGAAAGGUCUAGGGACUUUCUAGCCACAGGGCAGAGGGAGGUGGAGGAGCUGGGCUGCUUCUCCCAGCAGUAUUAGUGUCCCUCUAGGGUUGGGGACCUUUUCCAUGUUAUAUCACUACCCCAUCCCAUCUCACGCCACUGGCCCCUUGGCCCCCUUUCUCCCCCAGGCAGCAGGCAGUCCCAGGGGCCUGCAUGAUAGAGGCAUUACCUGUCUCCUUGAAACCACAAGACUGAAAGUACUCCUCCUCCUGCGUCUCCCUUAUCCUGCACUGCCACCCCCUGUUCCUCAUUCUGUGGUGGACUUAGGAGGCUCCAGGCCCAGCCAAAGCACUGAGUCCUCCUUAAGACACCUCCACGCCCUCCCUUCAGGCAAAGCACAAAUUAUGGGAUCCAUGUCGCGUGGGCCAUGUAGGAGGUUCCUGCCUUACCAGGAGCCCAGCAGCAGCAUAUCAGCUGGGGCAGCUGCUAUCCUGGGCUGAGGGUGGGGAUGAGGCAGGGACUACACUUGGCCUGGGAGACGGGGUUUUCUGUGCCCCGAGUCCAUGGGAAGGUGGGCACUGCUGUUGGGCCCACAGACACAACCAGCUGGCACAGGGGAGGUCUGGUCCAGCAGAGAGAUGAGGACAUUUUGCUUCUCCUUAUGCCCCCAGUGUGAGCUGAGCUUCUGCUUUGCCAUAAAUGAAAAAAACUUGGUAUUAAUGAUGCCAAGGCCUCCCCAGUUGUCCUCCUGCCUCCUGUUGCCCUCCCUGUCGUUGCCUCACCACCGACCCCCGCCUGCUCCACCUUUCCUCGUAUUUCCAUACAGAUUUUGAUAUUGCUCUAAUGUGUAACAGAAUCAUCCGAUUCCCCUUUUAUCAGAAGGAUCUGAACAGCAGCCGCACAGAAUAGGUGAAUGCAAGUGCGGUACACGUGAACACGGUGGGCACGCACACCUCCAACACACCCAAGCACAGGUGCAUGUGUGUGCACACACAUGCAGCACACACGCAGCCAGAUGGACACUCAGCACAGACACAGCAGAGGAAUGUGUUUCUGCUGAAAGCCCUUAAGGAGAAACGGUUUCCCAGUGCUCGGGCUGUAAGAGACAUUCACAGGGGCCCUGUUUCCUGGGCACAUGCCCAAGUCACUGGUGCGAUAAUUUUUCUGCCAUCCUCAAAGACCCGGGAAUUGUGUUAGGUGAGUGUGGACAGCUCACCUGAGCCAAGCAGACACAGGAGUCCCCUCUCCUGGGAGGAGGGGAGUGCUUCCAGGCCUCUGGGGGUCCUGACAGGGACCGCCAAAGCCUGACUGCCAAAAGAAACCCUCUCCUAGUGAGGGACAGGUGGGUCCCCCCAAGCCCCUACACCCACAGGUAGACCUCACAAACUGCCCUGUGCCUGGGCACCCGGGAAGCAGCCCCUCUGCCGGGGUCCAGGCAUGGGGGGUUCUGCUGCUCUUCUGAUCCCUGCUGUGAGGAUGGGAUUAUUGGCCGAACAAAUUGGCUUCCUUUUUUGUAUAAACGGAAACAAUCCAGGAGAAGCUGCCACCCUCACUCUGUAACACGCUACUUUGCUCCAGUUUCUCCAUCGUCCUUUUCGCCUUUGGUCCUGGGGACAGCCCAGCAGAUUCUCCUGGUUCUGACCCAGGGGGUGUCCGCAUCACCCCCUUUUACUUGUAUUAAAAAAAAAAAAAUGAUGGGUUGAAAAAUGUACUGAGGAAAAAAAAUGUACUUUUUUAUAAAUAAAGUUUAAAACAAAUCCA